AGCGUCGAAGAUCGCGCUAGUCGAAGAUCGGUGGAAAAGCGAAAGGCGAACGGAAAAAACCCAAACAGGCUCAAGAAGAUGGCUGCCCUCGUAACGCGCAACGGGUUUACCCGGUCCCUUACCCGCAUCCUGGUCCUGUCGACGUCUUCGUCGUCGUCGUCGUUGUCGGUCCGGGCUGCUUCGACCAAGCAUCCGUUCCAGGGCAAUGAUGGUGGUUCCAGCCCUACCGGCCAUCUCACGAUGAGCAGCGGCAGCAAACAGCUGUCCGUGGCCGACAUUAAGAAGAUUCCGGAUGAGGAGGUGAAAAAGUCCGUCUUCAUCUCGCAGUCGAACGAUGUGUUCACCAAUCUGGCGCUGGAGGACUGGAUCUAUCGGAACUUUGAUCUGACGAACCACCACAUCCUGAUGCUGUGGAUUAACCGGCCGACGGUGGUGAUCGGACGGCAUCAGAAUCCGUUCGCUGAAACGAACGUGUCGGCCCUGGCCCGGAACGGAAUUGAGCUGGCCCGGCGUAACAGUGGCGGUGGUGCGGUUUACCAUGAUCCCGGCAAUCUCAACUGUACCUUCUUCAUGCCACGGGCUCGCUAUGACCGCAAGUACAACCUGAAUCUGCUGACGCGCGCCAUGUACCGGGAGUACGGGAUCAAUGCGGAGCUUUCGGCCCGGGACGACAUCGUGCUGCUGGGCAAAAAGAUAUCAGGCACGGCAGCAAAACUGGGCCAACCGAACGCUUAUCAUCACUGUACGCUCCUUGUUAACUCCAACAAACUGCACCUCGGAGCAUCCCUUGCCAAAGAUGACGUUGAAAUAACAAGCAAGGCCACGGCAUCGGUCCCGUCGCCCAUUAAGAAUCUAGUCGACGUGAACCGUACCGUCAACAUCCAGCAGCUGCUUUCGGCUAUCGGCUAUGAGUUCCUACGGACCCCGGCCACUCAGCUGACCGAUGGUGGCCGCGAGCUGCUGAUGAAGCAACGUGGCUUCCAGCUGAUCAAUCCGACCGACAAAUGGUUCCCGGGAAUUAGCGAGUUGCGCACCAACUUUGCCUCCUGGGACUGGCGGUUCGGCAAGACGCCUGCCUUCUCGGUUCAGAAGACGAUCCAGACGAAGGUGGGUGCAGCCGGUGGAAGCACGGAGCAGCCUUCAUCACCUCACGACAUGAAGGUGAAGGUGGAUGUAGAAAAGGCACUCAUCAAAGAAAUCAGCCUGAUCCUGCCGAACCACGAGCCGAUUCCGGUGGUGUCGGAUAUGGUCGGUAAGCCGUACGAUGAGGAUUGCUUCCAUGGCAUUGCCGAAGCUCUGAAGGGUGCCAACACGGAGAGCAUGCGACACGCAAUGGGCUUAUGAAGCUUGGAGCUACCGGUGCAGAAGGCUCCUGCCAGUUCCUUCGCACCUGAUGGAGACGAACAUGGCAGCGAUCGAUAAUGACGACGACGACUUCAUCUCUCCUUUCGUCAAUUCUCUCUCUCUCUCAGCGCUUCUCUGUCCCGUUACGCUUUGUGAUUAGCUCCCUACCGCUUCGGUACACUCCCGAGGGCCUGGCCGUUGUUUAUGCAUUAGAAACAAAGCGUGCAACCGUUCCAUAGAUGGGCAAUCGAACGAUGUGACAUAAUGACACACCUCUUGAACUUGCCCAGCAACAAACACAAACCACGUCACUCGCCUGUGGAUCGGAAACAAACGGGCAGAAGGUGUCGUAUCGAUCGUUCUAACUGAGCCUAGUCGACCUUGCCUUGCUUGCCGGCCAGCGUGUGCACCGGUGCUAAUCAGCUGUUUUUUGUUCGAUUGGAAGGUUAGCGUGCCGUGCAGAAAGGAACGAAAAAUUAUGUAUUCAACAACAAAACAGCAUUGCACGCCGGUAGAGGACAGAAUAACAAAAUUAGCAAAGCAAUUGCUCGAGCAACAGGUACACGCGGUCAGGGUUGGAUGAGUAAUUUGAAAAUCGAAAAAAUCCGAUUCUCCUUCUAGCAACUCACAGCACCAUUCGCAUGCGCAUAGUGGAAUAGAGAGGAUCGACGUGUUUUUUUUAAAGAAUGUGAUGUUUUAGAUUAAAUUUGACCAUACAGUGCCUACGUUUAGCAAACAUUUCACAAUCGUAAACGGUUUGAUGAUCGCGAUCGCGCCGAUCCUUAUGAUGCAAAUCAGAACAAAACGUUUGCCUGACAUACAGCUGCCUUCUCUCAAGGUAGUUCGGUUCGCGCACAGUCAUUUAUGUUAUUAUUAGGUACCUCUUACGAUUAGCGAUGUUUACUCGCUGAUAAACGUGUGCACGCGCAUAUUAGCGUGUGCCAUUAACAGCAACAAAAUUGACGACAGACCGGUGAAACCGAGUCCGAUGAUAAGCAGGAACGUGCAGCUUAGGCAGCAAGUAUUCAUCGUGAUCACGCUACAACUUACACACUAUCGAUAGGAUGACGGCACAUGAAGCGUUUUUAUAUUACUGGAUCACACAACACACUUGACGUUCGGUUUGAUAGCUUUUAGUUUAGAUAGAUUGGCUCUUUCUCACCCGAUGCAUCGGUAUUAGUUGGAUGGGAUGGGUGAGCGGCGUCAAGGAACCCAUCGUCCAUUAACAUCUGAUACCAGGUGCCGGGUGUAUCAAGGGAUACAUCAAGAAUACGAUCAUAUCAUCCGUUCCGUUAGACCACGGCCAGUCCAGUAGAUGCUUUGGCUCCGUUUGGCCGCCGUUAGUCUAUCGUUUUGGCAUCACAUUUUCGACUGAGGAAUAGAUUCUUAAACAUUGUGCUUGUUAGGAUUAUGCUUGAUGGGUUCAAUUUUCCCCCAUUUCUCUUUCUUUCCUUCAGAGGAUCACACGAUAUUUUAAUCAAUUCUGUUUACUUGUGCUUAACUUUCAAUUGUCCGGAAGUUGUGGAUGCACUGUUUCGAGGGAUAGCGAUGUCAAAAAGAGACUAGUUAAGGCGAAUUAUAUACCAGUUGUGGAUAGUCUACAGUGAAACGUUAUGUACCACCUAAGCUUACUUGUACUACGAUAAAGAAAACGCAAUUCAAUAAAAAAGAAUGAAUAUACUUUAUUAAA